AUUAUUAUUAUUACUUUAGCAAAGCACGUUAAAGCACGUUGUUGUAACGCAUCGACAAGAUUCUCAGGUUAUUUUGUAAAUUAUACUGCAAACUGUUCACCACGUGUCGUUGAUAAAUAAAUUUUUGUAGAUUAACAACAAAUUAAUAUAUUAUAUUGUGUGAAUUACAUAUAUCAUUAAAAUGGAAGUUGAUAAUAAUGAUGUUGAGACAAAGGUUGUUGAUGAAUCAGUAAAAGAAAAUGAUUCCAAACCAGUUGAAGAAGUUGAAUCAACUGAUGAAGUUAAGUCAACAGAGGAAGUUAAACCUGCUGAAGAAGUUGAAUCAGCUGAAGAAGUUAAAACUGCUGAAGAAGCUAAAUCUGUUGAAGAUGUAAAAUCUGAAUCUGUUGAAGUAGCUAAAGAAGCUAAAGAAGCUGAAACAGCUAAAGAAGUUACUGAUGAAGCUGCUAAACCAGUAGAAACAGAAACAACAAAUGGAACAGAAGACGCUAGUCCAGAACUUUUGGAAAAAAUUAAAAAACAAGUUGAAUUUUAUUUUGGUGAUAUUAAUAUGCAUCGUGAUAAAUUUUUGAUUGAACAAACACAAUUGGAUGAAGGUUGGAUACCAAUGAGUAUAAUGCUUAAUUUUAAAAUGUUAGCAUCAUUAAGUAGUAAUCCAAAUACAAUUUUAAAAUCAAUUGAAACCAGUGAAUUAAUGGAUAUAUCAGAUGAUAAAAAAAAAAUUCGUCGUAAACCAAGUAAACCAUUACCAGUUUAUGAUGAAGCAUAUAAAAAAGCACAAGCAGCUAGAACAAUUUAUGUUAAAGGUUUUCCAUUACAAGAUGUUUAUAUUCAUCACUUGAAAGAUUUUUUCAAAGAUUUUGAACCAUUUGAAAAUAUUAUUAUGCGUAGAUAUCAAGAUCCAAAAGAUAAAAAUAAAAAAUUGAAAUUUAAAGGAUCAGUAUUUGUACAAUUUGUAACACUUGAUGAUGCUAAAAAAUUCAUGGCUAGAGAAUCAGUUAAAUAUGGUGAUCAAGAACUCAUUAGAAAAUACAGUGAAGAUUAUUCUGUUGAAAAAGCCAAGGAAAAUGAAGAAAGAAAACAAAAGGGUGAUUCAAAAGGAAAAAAAUCAUCUAAAAAAGAAAAUGGUGAUUCAGCUGAAACUGAAGAUAGCACAGAACUUCUUAAUUUACCAAAAGGUUCAGUUUUACAAUUUACUGGUGUAUCAACAUCAACUGAUUGGGAUGAUAUUAAAAAAUCAUUAUCAGAAAUUGGUGCUGAAAUAGCAUAUGUUGAUUUUAAAGCUGGUGAAACUGAAGGACAAAUUCGUUUGUUUGGUGAAAAUGCAGCAAAGCCAAUUCUUGAAAAGAUGACUGACAACAAGUUGAAAAUCAAAGAUACUGAAGUGACAUUCAGACUUGUCGAAGGUGAUGAAGAAGAAGAGUACCUUAAAUCAGUUCAAAACACAAUGGCAAAUAAAAAACCUAAAUCACACAAAGGAGGCAGACGUGGACGUCCAAAGAAAGGUCGUGGUGGUGCCGCUGCUCACCGAGGCAAAAAAAGAAAUGCAAGUCCACAUCGUGAAGCUGGUGCAGCUAAAAAAGUUGCUGUUGCACAAGAUUAAUUAUUAAAAUAUAAUUUUAUAAAUAAUCAUUAAUCAUCAUUUAUCUUUGUUUAAGGUAACAUCAUUCCUUUUGAGUUGAAUACUGACUAAAUGUAUUUUUUUUUUUUUCUUUUCAUUUAAAAUUUAUCUAGACUAUCAUUUAAAAUAAAUAAAAAUGAAUGCUUCAAUUAUUAAAUGAUAAAU